ACUGACUCACUAAACUUUAUUACGCAAUACGCAGAAUCUUUACUUUGAGAAAGGAUUUGAAGAACGAUCAAAUGUUUGUUUACAGCUGGAGACGCGUUUUGCAAAGGGGAACAUAUUAGAAGGCUAGCUUUUGAAUGGCUGGAGUAUUUCUAUGAGUAAUAGGUGUAUUUAAGGUACUCACUUUUCGUUUUUUCAAAGAACCAUACAAUUGUCGCAAAUGCAGACUGAGUCAAAUACAACUCGUUUAGAAGGAGUUUCAUUCUUGGAAAACCAAGCUGAUGAAAAGCACUUUCAUUGGAAGAAAAAUUCUCGAUUUUUGUAUAAUCUCCUGGUCACAAGAACUCUACUAUGGCCUUCUUUGAGCAUUGAAUGGCUUUCAGUAGUGGAAAAAUCAAACGAGAAACCUAUAGAUAAAUAUCGUUUACUUUUAGGUACACAUGCUGCAGAAGGAUUUCCAAAUUACUUGCAAUUGGCAGACAUUGAUUUGCCAAACGCAGAGCAGACGAGUUUAGAUCCUGUAAAACAUUACAAUGAAGAUUUGGGAGAAUUAGGUGGAUACAGUCCACAACACCCGUGUCGAUUUCAGUUGAUACAAAGGAUUAUGCAUAAUGGAGAUAUUAAUCGUGCAAGGCAUAUGCCGCAGAACCCUAAUAUCAUUGCUACUUUCAGCUCGUCCGGCGAGGUAUAUGUAUUUGAUCGAACAAAGUACACGUCCAUGCCAGCUGAAGAGUUUAUCCCAAAUGUUCACUUGCAGGGGCAUGAAGCAGAGGGAUUCGGUUUAUCUUGGAACCGUCGACGCAAUGGUAAGCUUUUAUCGGCGGGGAAUGAUUCCAAAAUUCUAGAGUGGGAUUUGCAAGCUUUUUCGCAAAGUUCCAAUGUAUUAUUCCCUGUAACAUCUUAUCAUAAUAAUUCCAUCGCUGUAAACGAUGUGGAAUACAAUCCCUCUCAUGAGAACUUGUACAUAGCCGCGAGUGACGAUGGAAAUGUUCUUGUCUGUGAUAAUCGGACUCCCUCAAUUGUUUUUCAAUCUGCACAAGUACCAUCAUCCGUUUAUUCCGUCCGUCAUAAUCCUCACAUAGCAUCACUCUUUGCACUUGGAACGGAGAAUACCUUACAGUUGCGCGACUACAGAAAACUUAAUGUUCCUUUACUGGAUACUGAGUCUAUAUUUACAAAGAAUGAUUUCACCUCGUCCGUAGAAGCAAGUGCAUUUGGAGCUACUAGUAUGUCGUGGAGUUGGUCGUCUCCUAGCAUUUUGGUGAGUGCAUGUGAGAAGCUUUGUUUUGUAUGGAAUUUUGAAUCCGAGAAUCCUCUAAAGUUUCUUCACGGUGGACAUCGGGGGCUUGUGAAUGAGGUGGAUUUUUGUCCCUUUGAUUCCAACUGCGUUGCAUCUGUUGCUGAUGAUAAUGAGCUGCAUAUUUGGAAACCAAGCGUUUCAAUUUAAUACAACCCUUUUUUUUUAUUUUCAGUCUGAAUCUUGGUCUUUCACUUUUUGAAGGCUGACUCAUUUCUCAGAACGAUUACCAAUUUCAAUAAUGAAGGCUGACUAUGGAAGGAAUAAAACUAAUGAAAAGGCUACCAUAAUAGUCUUACAGAUAAAUUGGUUACAAUGCAUUCAAUAUAUGGUAAUAAAACAAAUGAGAAUGGACAAAUUUGUUAUUGAAGACGAAAGGAAUUACGGCAAAGAAAGCAGGUCAUUGUUAAAGAAAAGAGAGACAAGUAUCCAACUAGCGGAGUAUAAUUCUCUUCACGUUUAAGAUUACUUGUGGUCUUUAAUGUAUUUCCUAAUAAAAUUGGAUUAGUAUACUGGCCCACUUUGGUUCUUUGCACAUACAAAAUAAAGGCUUCUUCCUCUUUGUUGGAAGCGUUCAAAGGAGGCAUUUCACCUUCCUUCAAAGACUUUUGUCUCUUAAAGAGCUUGCUAUAAACCCAGGGACCCACGAAGACAGAUCCCAAGACAGUAAGACUAAGCUACAACAAUCCCGUUAGCCGCUAUAAAACCGUGAAGAAAACGAACCUGGUAGCUUUGGAAUUGACGACCGGCAAUAGUAUAGACAGACAUGGCAGCUUUACUAGUUAGAUUUUAAAAUCUGGGAAUAGAGGGGAGAGGAGAAAGAUACAUUUUAGAAGGACUAGAGUAAGCCUUUGUUGAUGGCAUAGAGUGCUGAAGAAGUAUGUUAAAUGAUAUACCGAAGUUGUGUGAGUUGUGCAAAA